GUCGAUUAAAGGUCAAUUACAGACAUUGUGGAGGUAAGUAGUACGUCGCCAUUGGCUUCAAAUUGUACGACUUCGAUUCUCACAAACACAUGGAGUUUAGGUCUAGCUGCAAGAAAUUCAGUGUCUACCCACGGAAAAGAUGUACCGACUACUCCCUAAUGUGGCUUUGUUUCUGAUUGCGAUUGUGUUUGCAGCACAAGAUGGUGGCGCGAGUGAACCUACACCAGUGGUGUCCACUCCGAGUGGGCAGGUGCGAGGCACUGUCCGGUCGGCUCCUGCCAUCUCCAACAAACCCGUCUUCACGUUCCUGGGCAUCCCGUUCGCAGCGCCCCCUGUCGGCGACCUACGCUUCCGUCCUCCCGAGCCCGUUGCACCAUGGGAAGGUGUCAUAGACGCCACCGAAUUCGGUCCCAGUUGCCCCCAAGACCUGGCACGCGUUCACAAAGUACGCGACUUCGUCCCGUUUAUGCUUCCACACGAAAUCGUCAGCGAAGACUGCCUUGUUUUGAACGUCAUGACAACUUCCCUUGACGUUAGUGCUGCCCUGCCGGUGAUGGUUUGGAUCCACGGCGGUUCCUUUGUGUCCGGCACGGGAGCGCUGUACAACUUCACUGCACUUACCGCCUAUCAAGACGUGGUUGUCGUCACCGUCAACUACAGGCUAGGGGCAUUUGGAUUUCUCAGCACAGGAGACGACAACGCGCCGGGGAACUACGCAUUUCUAGACCAGGUCGAGGCAUUGAAGUGGAUCAAGUCAAAUAUCCGGAGCUUUGGUGGCGACCCAGACCGCGUCACGAUAUUCGGAGAAUCAGCUGGAGGCGUUAGUGUAUCCUACCUGGUCAUUUCUCCAACAGCCAAAGGACUUUUUCACCGUGCGAUAUCGCAGAGCGGGACGGCUCUGACGACGCCAACAACCGCCAACCCUCUAGCCGCAGCCACCGCUCAGGCGGAGGAGGUCGGCUGUGGCGGGCAGGACGUCGGGGCCAUGAUGUCCUGUUUGCGGCAGACGCCAUUUCAGGACAUCGUGGACUCUGCAUCCCGGGUCGCACGGAAAUUGGGCGCUUUUGGUUCAGCAGCUUUCAAUCCCGUUGUUGAUGGACGUUUUCUUUACGACCCACCACUGGUUGCGCUGAAUAAGGGGGAGUUUAGCAGAGUAUCGUAUCUGCUUGGCGUUAACAACCAUGAGUUCGGGUACCUGCUACCUUCCCUUCUACUUCCUGUGUUCGGUAACGGGAUGUCACAUGACGUAUGUGCAGACAUAGUGAGACGUCUGCUGGUAGUCGCAACUCAGGCUGAUAACGUUGAUGACACAGUGACAGCUCUGUUAGAGGAGUAUGCGGGUCCAGACGCAUCAGACGACCCUAUGGCCUUGCAGAUGAGGAUCACGCAGAUUGUCGGAGACUUUCUGUUCCUCGUGCCGACAAUUCUAGUCGCCAACAGUCAUGCAGCACGCGGUGAUCGUGUCUAUUUGUACGAGAACCGGCACAGGCCAGCCACGUCCCCGAAACCGGCCUGGGUAGGCUGUGACCACGCAGACGAGCUCGUCAUCGUGACGGGGAUGCCGUUCCUAGGCGAGGACGGGCCCACCUACCCCAGCAAGCCGCUGCCCUUCUCUGAAGAAGACAGGCAGCUUAGUCUGGACAUGAUGACGUACUGGGCCAACUUUGCGAGGACGGGGAAUCCUUCAGACGUCACAGGCAGCCCUUCUGUGAGACCGAACUUGAGCCGGUGGCCAGAAUACACCACUGACUGGGCAGCCUAUCUCCAGUUAUCAGCGACACCGUCUGCCGAUGUGAACCUUAAAGCCAACCUUUAUCAGUUCUGGUAUAAUGUUCUUUUCUAUCAAAAGGCUUCUGAUUCUGCCAAAGACAUCAGUGAAAAGGAAGAGCUGUAGCUUGAGUUGUGCUUUAGUAAGAUGUCGGCUAACACAUGAUGAAAUAUAGCAUAUUUGCCAGCCAUCACAAAAUAUAUUUGGUAAUUGUAGUAAAUAAGAAAAUAAAAAUGAAAAUGAAAGUAUGCAUGCAUGUAUCUUGUGUAAAGAAAGAUGAGUUAAAACUUCGCUAAGUAAAUGCACCAUUGUCCUUGGUUCGGAUGUUAAGACGG